ACCACAGUGCAGUGCACUUCUAUUGAAAAAGUGUCCGAGCAGCAGAUUUAAUCUCUCCUAGAGUCCAUUCAGUAUAGUUUGUUUGCUAAAAAAAAUCAAUUCCUGCAACUCAAAUAAGUUAAUUGCUAGUGAAAUUCUUUUAAAACUAAGUGAAAAUGUGUGGAAUUUUUUUCAUUGGUCUCAACGAUACCAACGAUGGCAACAAUGCAUCAUCCGAUCUGUAUCGUUACGGCAAUCGCAUUGAGACACUAAGGGAGUUGGCAUUCCGGCAAUCAGGCAAACAAAGAUACCGUGGUCCGGACCACACCGGGCUGGUGCUGGACAACGAGGCGGGCUUCGUUAUGGUCCAGGAGAGACUAUCGGUACUCUGCGUGAAAACCGGAAGCCAACCUUUUUUGUCACAGGAUGAAACCGUUGUGCUGGCGGCCAACGGGGAAAUCUACAACUACCAGCAGAUGGCUGCCGCAGUCAACCAGGAGUUGAAAGUCGACGAGAAACCGUACAUCCCGAAAAGUGAUUGCGAUGUUAUAAUUGCGUUCUAUGAACGCUUUGGAGUUUUAAAACUGAUGGAAACGAUUCGGGGCAUGUUUGCCUUUGUGCUGUACGAUAAGAAGAAUCAGUAUUUGCUGGUGGUACGUGAUCCGAUUGGAAUUAUUCCUCUGUACCAUGGUACAGAUCAAGAUGGAAAUGUUUGGAUUGCUAGUGAGAUGAAGUGCUUGGUGGAAAAGUGUCCGGAUAUAAAAGUUUUCCCUCCCGGUCAUAUGCAUUACGGUACAAGGUGCAAGAUAGACCCUCAACAGUAUCAUAAAUCACAAUGGAUGACCCUAGAACCGCACAUGCCGGUCUGUCUGGAACGAUUGAAAACAAGCUUGGAAGAUGCGGUCCUUUCGCAUUUACAAUGUGAUGUCCCGUUGGGCGCCUUGUUGAGUGGAGGUUUGGAUUCCAGUUUGAUUGCAGCCAUAGCUACCAAAGUUUUGCGUAAACGGUAUGGUUCGGAGUAUCGCUUGAAGACGUACAGUGUCGGUUUGGUGGGAGGACCUGAUUUCGAGUAUAGCAAAAUGGUGGCUGAUUAUAUCGGAAGUGAUCACACAGAGGUAUACUUCACAAUAGACGAGGGUCUCAACUAUAUCAGAGAUAUAAUUUACCAUACGGAGACGUACGACAUCACCACCGUACGUUGUUCCAUUCCUAUGUAUUUACUAUCGCGUCACAUUAAAAGCGAAGGAAUCAAGAUGAUACUUUCCGGAGAAGGGGCAGAUGAACUUUUCGGCGGAUAUCUGUAUUUCCACCAAGCUCCGAGCUGUACUGAGUUCCACUGGGAAACGGUCUCGCGCAUCCAGCAAUUACACUACUCAGACUGCCUGCGAGCUAACAAAGCAACAGCUGCGUGGGGUUUGGAACUGCGCGUUCCAUUUCUAGAUACCGAUUUUGUCAACUAUGUGAUGAGCAUCAGCGCUGAGGAUCGUAUGCCGAAGGCCAAGAAAAAUGGCACCACCCAUAUGGUGGAGAAAUACAUUCUGCGACAGGCUUUUAACCAGGACUAUCUACCGGCUGAGGUUCUAUGGCGCCAAAAGGAGCAGUUUUCCGACGGUGUUGGAUACUCCUGGAUCGACACCAUCACGAAGUAUGCAGCCGAGCACGUGAGUGAGGAGGAAUUUUCCAUGGCUGCAGAACGAUUUCCCCUCAAUCCUCCGCCGACCAAAGAGGCUUAUUACUAUCGUCAGAUAUUCGAAGAAUUGUUUCCCCAUAAAAGUUGUGCAGCUACCGUACAACGGUGGAUCCCACGAACGGACUGGGGCUGCUCAGCGGACCCUUCCGGUCGUAAGCAGAGUGCACACGUUAAGCGCGAUUGAGGAACGUGUGCUUGUUGUGACUAUUCGCUACUUGUAAAUAAAUAUGCCAUUUAUCAGUCGGUCAGUGGUGGCGCACUUGAUGAAUAAGUCGACACAUGGUAGAGAAAGUAAAAUCUGAUCUCAGCAAAAGCUACUGUCAUAAUAAAUUCAAAUUGAAUUUUGCAAAAGCAAUUUAAGUUUUUUCUGUCUUUUUUAAGAGCAAUAAUAUGAAAAAAGUGAAAAUGCCAAUUGGUAACUAUUAUUACAUAUUACGUAUAAGUGAAAUUAAUUAUAUAACUAAGAACGUUAUAAUAAAUGAAUGUAAAAAAAAUAA